AUGGGAAACAACAACAGCUCCACGGUGGACGACCUGCAGGCAGUGGAGAUCCACCAUUGGUACAAGAAGUUCAUGACAGAGUGUCCCUCCGGGCAGCUGACAGAGCAUGAGUUCAAGCAGUUCUUCGGGCUGCGGGGUUUGGACCCCCAGGCCAACGAGUACAUCGAGCAGAUGUUCCGUACCUUCGACAUGAACAAGGAUGGGUACAUCGACUUCAUGGAGUACGUGGCAGCCCUCAGCCUGGUGCUGCGCGGGAAGAUGGAGCAGAAGCUGCGCUGGUACUUCAAGCUGUACGACGUGGAUGGGAACGGCUGCAUCGACCGCCACGAGCUGCUCAACAUCAUUAAGGCCAUCCGUGCCAUCAAUGGUGGCGACCACGAGACGAGCGCAGAGGAGUUCACCAACCGCGUCUUCAACAAAAUCGAUGUGAACGGAGACGGGGAACUUUCCCUGGAUGAAUUUGUGGAGGGAGCAAGGAAGGACGACGAGUUCAUGGAGGUGAUGAUGAAGAGUUUGGAUCUGUCUCACAUCGUGGCCAUGAUCAACAACCGCCGGCACAGCGUGUAA